CGCACGUGGGCGGGAUCAGCUUUUUCUGAGGCAGGCACUAUCUUCAGAGGAAAUAUUGCUAAUACGAUGGUUUUCUGUACUAGUUAAGUUGAAAAGGCCUCCUUCGUUACUGUUGUGCCGCAUUCCUCAAGUGAAAAUUCGACUUGUGAAAUAUUGGUGCAUUUUUUUUUCAUUGUUGGAACGGGGAGCGCUCUUAUUACUUAAUUUAUGCUAACUCCGCCCUCUUGUCUUCCUGUCAUCCAUUGAUUCUGUCCAGAUCCAAUGUUUACAAACUGCACUCGCAAUGGCUGCUUCGUCUGCGAAACAACCCAAACUAAACGGGUUUAUCUUCACAGAAAAACUAGGAAGUGGGUCGUACGCGACAGUGUACAAGGCGUAUAGGAAGGGCCAGCAGCGUGAGGUAGUUGCUGUCAAAUGUGUCCUCAAGAGCAGCCUUAGCAAAAACUCGGUGGAGAACCUCUUGACGGAAAUAGAGAUCCUCAAACACAUCAAGCAUGAACACAUUGUGGAGCUCAGAGAUUUCCAGUGGGAUGAUUCCUACAUUUACCUCAUCAUGGAGUACUGUAGUGGAGGGGAUAUGUCUCAUUUUGUCCGGACUAAGCAAGCUUUACCAGAGCAGACAGUCCGGGUCUUUGUCAGACAAAUCGCGAGUGCUCUACACCAUCUACAGUUGGAAAACAUCACCCACAUGGACUUGAAACCACAGAAUCUUCUCCUGUCCAACUCCUACGACCCAGUACUCAAGCUAGCAGAUUUUGGUUUUGCCUUGUACAUGACAGAGGAUGUGCGGGCAGAUUCUCUGCGAGGCUCACCGCUGUACAUGGCUCCGGAGAUCAUCUGCGAGGGCAGGUACGAUGCCAAAGUGGACUUGUGGUCAGUGGGAGUCAUCAUGUUUGAGUGUCUCUUUGGCCAUGCUCCAUUUGCCUCCAAAACGUUCACCGAGUUAGCAGAGAAGAUUCGAAGUUCUAAGCCUGUACAGAUUCCAGACACCAUCCCUAUAUCAGACAGAUGCCGAGACCUUCUCCUCAAGCUCCUUCAGAGAGAUCCAGCUGACAGGAUAGACUUUCCCGACUUCUUUCAGCAUUCCUUCAUUGAUCUAGAGCACAUUCCCAGCACCGAGUCACUCAAGAAAGCUAAAGCGUUAGUUAUCCAAGCCGUUGAGAAGGAUUCAUCUGGAGACAUCAAAGCUGCCAUUCAGCUUUACUGUGAAUCCUUACAGUACUUUCUACCUGCCAUUCAGUUUGAGAAAGACGCACAGAGGAAAGAAGUUCUCCGAGCAAAGGUGCAAGAAUACAUGGCUCGGGCUGAGGACCUGAAGGAGAUGCUGAAACCCAAAUCCCAGGCCGUCCCCCGAAUGCCAGAGUCUCCUCAAGAUGGGCAACAGAUUCCAGAUGUGUUCCUUCUAGAUAAAUUGGCCAAUGGGCACCAAAACCUGCAGAUUGCUUUGGAAAUAGCACAUGAAGCUGAGAUGCAGGAUGCAAAGGAAAAUUACGAGGCAGCCUUCAAGCUGUACCAGGAUUCCUUAGAGCAACUCAUUGUCAUUCUCCAACAUGAGCCCCGAGGAAAGAGAAGGGAGAUACUCAACAACGAGGUGCAGAGAUACAUGGCCAGGGCUGAGUCAGUCAAACAGUUCAUUGAGGUCCGAAGAAUACCAAUGAAACAGGAAUCAAUUAAUGAAGUACUAAAAAUGGAUGGACGCAAAAAUGCCUGUUCCAUUCAGUGAUCAGCCAUCAGCUCCCACAAUCUGGGUCAAGCCAUGGUUCAUGCUCUUGGAUUUCAACAGGCUUUUGAUCUACAGUGCCACACGUUCAUCCUUAGAUUUGUUCCAGCUACAAGAAAUGCAUCAACGACAGGGAAAGAUAACGAACCUCAUCGUGGUUGAUUAUUAAGUAGACAUUACUGGCUUACUGCUCCCGGCAUGUAGCACCCUAAUGGUUGUGUUAUUGAUUCCCAUUGCCAGGUGUAGGUGUGAGCACACAACUGCAAACCCAUUGAUUGGGGGGGGGAGGAGCAAUGGAGGCAAUCUGCAACCUGGUUCUCGGGUUGGGUAGGAGUGAUGCCAAAAUGCUUUCCCCCCCCCCCACAGCUUCGGAGGAACAGUGGUUCAUUAGGUUUGUCAUUCCAGUAAUAUUGCAUAUCUGCUGAAACCAAUCUCACAGGGCCACAUCAGAAGGUAUGGCCGUGCAAGAAUGGACAUGGUCUUGUAACUGCAUGAAAGUCCAUUUUCUGAGAGUAGCUUUUACUGCAUAAGUUGUCACCAAAGCUUGGUAUAGCUCCAGUCUCUCUCUCUACAAUGUGCCGAGAAACUCUGCCAACAUUUAUCUGGGAUAAAUCCUCCUACGAGUUGGUCAAAAUGUACCCAAACUAACCAGUAAUGAAUUCACAUCACUUCUUCAUUAAAAUCACCUUUCUAGCAUGCUCCGCAUUUUGUAAUGUUGCUCUAAUUAAAAUUAACGAUGUAGAUAUCAUCUGAAUACGUGUAAUUGAUGAACCUAGAGUGUUAGUAUGUUGAAGCUAAUAGGAAAAAAUGUACAUACCAAAUCAAUGGAUCCAUCUCCAAGGGCAGAUCAAGGAUUUUCCCAAGGGGGGGGCGUGAUCCGAGAUUUUCCAAAAGAGGGUGGGAGUGAAAUAAAGAAGUAAUGGUAAACUGCCCAUACGACGUGGGGUCCGGAGCCAGUUUAGAUUCUAGGCGAUCUGUGGUGCAAUUUCAGGCAGUAUGGCACCUCUUUUUUUCUUUUCCCCCGUCCCCUUUUUCUUUUUUAUUUAUUUAUUUGUUAUUUUUUGUGAAACGGGGGGUGCCCCAUGCUAUCCGCCCCUGAUUUCUAUGUCCUUUGAGGGAGUCACGGGUGGCCUGGCCAAUGUAAAACAUUUUUGUCCGAUGUACCAAAUAGGGAUAACUGUGAAGAUGAACAAAGAAAGGACACUCAAUCAGCCAUCUUCAAAGAUGUUGAUUUGGACUGAUAUUUUAUUUAUCGCCAUGUUUGUGCAGAUCCCCCCCCUAGCAUUUAAAUAAAACCAUGGAGCCAGCUAGCGAACCGAGUCUUUGUCACGUCUGAUUUCACAUUAUCGGGCAGUCCCAUUGCUCGGUUGUUCUGAAGAUGAAGUUGUGAUGCUGGCUCUUUAACAACGUAACGCGCGGAGACAGUCCUGGUAGAUUGUUUAACCACGGUUUAACCCCGUCGUCGACGGCACCGCGGACAAUUUGUUGAUGGACGGGGAUGAAUUUUCUCCUAGUGGGCACUUGAUGAUGUCGGAGCUCGGUUGCCUCCGCGGUGCGUGGGCAUGGUACGUUUCGCGGAACGUUGACGUCAUGCCGCAUGUUGAAUAAGCCCCGUAAUGGCUGUCCGUUUGGAGUGUAAUUGAUAUGACUCUGUAAUCAACCAGUUACUAACGUGAUCAUUGGAAAGGUGCUUUUUCCUGAAAAAGCAAACUCUAAGUUAGAAUUACACGCGUAGAUUCUAGAAGACUCUUCAAAUCAUUUUCUCUGACCCAGCGCACGUGGGGAUAUUAUAACCUCACGAGUAACACCGUAGGGUUAAUUACAAGGUCUGGAAGGCUUUAUCUGGAUAAAUUGUGGGGUUUCUUUAGGUGAGAGGGUACUUUUCAAAAACAAAGCAGAAAAAAGUUUCAUCUCGUAAGCAGUAAUUAAAUAACUCACAGAACAGUAAAACUAAGUGUAAUUGAUGUAUCUGAUUUUGUUAUAUAUGUAAAGUUUAUUUAUUUGCAUCUGUAAAUUGCCUUCUCUUUCAUUUCAAGAUUGUUUAUAUUGGUUAAAGCAGGAAUUUUGUUUCGUUUGUGCAGUCAGCUUUUAAAAAGCAUUUUUUGUCAAACCAUGAUUUUCCUGAAAAGGGAAAGAAAAUAAAAAAAGCAAUUACAGUAGUUUUUCAGAGCUUGUGUCAAGUU